GCCCGCGGGGAUGGCCAGAAGCCAUCGUGCUGUCGGUGCCCCUGGGUGAGCAGAGCAGGUCACGCCUGCAGAGGGUCUCUCCCACCGCCCCGUUCUGUGGCUCUGUGCAGAGCUGUACGCGCUGCUGGGCUGUGCUGGGUUAGGGCUCGCUGCGUGUUUGUGCUUUGUUGCACUGAGGUACCUGGGGCUGGAUGGGCACAGAGCUCCCUGGGCACGCUGGACCAGUCUCCCCUUGCCUUCCCCGGCUUGCUGCGUGCACACAGCCUUCUGUUCCAGUGACAUGGCCUGGCUGGGAGGGUACCUGGCUGUGACAGAGCCCAGGCUCUGCUGGAGCAAUUCCUCCUCGGAGCUGGGAGUGAUGGAAGGAAAGUAGAAGAGAAGUUGCAGGAAAACCAGCCCCUGGAAAUGUGUAUUUGAGCAUUGGUGGCUGGAGGAUCUGACCUGGAUGUGACCUUGAGUCCUAGUGCUGUCCAUUGCUACUUGGCAAAGUUUUUAUCUCAGUCUUCUCAGUUGUAAUAAUCUAACAUGGAUAUGACUCAGUGACAGCUCUGGAACACAUUAUCUGAAUGGUGUCUGAGAGGUUUUCUGGUGCUGCCUUGGUCUGCACCCUUUGAACCUCCUGGGGCAGCUGCCUUGGUGCUGCUGAGACAUUCCCAAAGGAAUGAGUGGUUGGUUGUGGCCCCACACAGCCUGUCUAGGAUAGCCCAUGUAAAGGCACACAGGCUUUGUGACUUUCCUUUGGAACCUCACCUCUGAUGGUGGCACUGGGGAAGUGCUCCAGGAUAAGUUGUGAUUGAUUUUUAACUCCAUGCCCAGCUUGUGCCUCAUUUCUGGUGUGCAGCUGCAGCAUUCCUGGGGCUGGCAGCCAGCCUGGGGUGUAGGGGCUGAGUCAACUGCUGUUGUCAGUAUUGCUACCCUGGGCAUUCAGAUCCUGUGAGUCAGGUCAAAACCCCACGACUUUAAAAAUAGUACGUUGUGGGUUUUGUCCAUGGGCACCCUGGUGUAGCAGCCUUCAGGGCUUAGAUGCUGGAAGUGCUCUGGUUUGGGAUAUUUUUAUAACUUGCUUUCAGGAAGUUGAAUUUCAUUACUUCAGAAAAGAACAGUCAGUAGAAAAGUCAUAGGACCCAUGAGGGUCAGACUUAACCUCCUUUUGCUGUGUAAUUGGGAUUAGCAGCACAUUUUCUGUGUCCAGGGGCUGUGGCCAUGGAUCUAAUGAGGCAGAACUGCUCCUCAGUAGGAGAUGCAGCAGCAUGGAAGGAGUUAAUACCUCGUGGUUAGAGUAGCUUUUUAUCGAGAUGGAAAUGACUAAGCACUCUGCAUUCCUGGAGAGUUACUUAUUUUGAUAUAAAGUCUUCUUGUUUGGUACUGCCCAUGUCUUUGAGGCAUCAGCAUGGCAGAGCUGUUCCGAGGAGCAUCAGGGUUCUUCUGGAGAGGAACAGGAUGGGAGUAACUGAGAGCUCUGGAAGGGGUCCCUUCCCUCCAGGAACGAGCUGCCAGCUUCCCUAGGCUGCACAAGACCAGAAACUGCUUUUUCUUUGGCUGCUAACACAGGAGGCUUGGUGACAAGGGCUUGGGGUGGUUUAGGACAGCACAGCUUUCACAAAAGGACUGAGAUUGCCUCAGAGCUGCACGGGCUGGUUCAGGCAGUGUUUGUGUUCCCAGGAGCAGGACAAGGUGGGAGCUGCCAGCCCGGACUCCGUGACACCGCCGGGCACUUGGUGCCAGCUUUGAUGUGUGCAGGGCACGGCAGGACGUGGCCAGGGCUGGGCAUGGGCUGUGUGUGAGCCCUGUGGCCCUGCCAUGCACCCCGUGGGGGUUGGGGACAGCAGCUUCUCCCGCGGGGCCGUGCAGAGCCAGACCCUGUCCCGCAGCCACUGCCGCAACAUCAAGCAGAAGAUCUCGCAGUGGGAGGGCAGGACACGGGGCUGCCCCAGCAAGGACAGGCCCCAGCCCAAGGACUUUGGAGUAAAGUAUGAGCCCAGCUGCAAUGCACUACCCAAAGUGAAGGCAGAACGCACAGAGAAUGGCAGAAGGGCUGGCUCCAAAGAUCCAAAGAGCCUGGGGUUGGAUUUCAGGGAAGGUGCACGGAGCUGCUGGCAGACUGGGGGCUGUGGUGGCCCAGCCAAGGAGAAAGGAGAAGCGCAAUCAGGCUUCCUGACCCCGGAGGUGACACUGCCCCCAGGGAACUUCUAUACCUCACAAGCUCUGUGGAGGAGAGCAGAUCCCCCCCUGCCUGGCAGAACCUCUCCUGUUGCCUUGGACCUCCAGAGGAAGCGAGGCAGCUCUGGCUCCACGGAAAGAGAACUGCAAAUCAAAGGAGUGGACGCUCUCUGCAGGGCAGAGAGGAGCUUGAGAAACAUUUACUCUGAGGUUGAGGGGCAAGAGGAGGAGGCAGCUCCUGAUCCACCACCCAAACCCCGCAGGACUUUCCGCUACCUGGCAGAGAAGGGUGCUGGUGGUCGUAGAGCUGCCAGUGCCACCAGGGAAGGUCCCCUGCAAAAGCAGUGUGGAAGGGACUUGGUGUCAUCCUCCAACAACCCUGAGAAGAAAAUAGCCAGCAGGAGGAUCAGAGGGAGAGCCCAGAGGAAAUCUUUUGAGUUUGAGGACAUCCAGGGCUUCCGCAAGCGCUCGGCGGGCGGCGGCUCCCACAGACCCCGGGAGGAGACAAAUGGCACUGCAGGAUCCAGGCUGCUCUGCACUCAGUCUGAAGACAACAUCUACGAGGACAUUAUCUGUCCUACAAAAGAACAUCCCUAUGAAGAUAUCAGAGCACUGCCCUUGCCCCUGUGGAAGGUCCCAUCUGUCUGGAAGCUUCCCCCUCCCCGGAGCAUCAGCAGGGCACCCAAGCCUCCCCCAAAACCUCCCUUCCUCAGCCGUAAGUCACUGGAGCUGAAGCCCUCCCAGACAAAUUUCCUGGGGAAGGUGGGGAAGGAGACCUCCCUGCCUGUCACUCUGUCUGAGUGGAAGCUGUUCCAAGCAGUGGAGGCUGCCAGCAGGAGAAAGAACCUGCCCUGGCUGGUACUAAAAAUACAGGAGAUCUUUGAUUCCAAGCGUGGAAAGCGGAAGGUGAAGCUGCUCAGUCCUGCUGGGAGAGAAGCAACUCCAGUGAAAGGUGAAACCAGCGGGAAUGAAAGCGAUACGGAAAAUCAGCCCAAAAGUGUGUGGCAGUGCCAGCCCAGGCUGCUUUGGGGUUUUUUGCUCUCCCCAGGUCACCACAGGUGCCUGAGGCGCUCGGCCUCCAGGAGGAACCCACACUACCAGACCUUGGAGAGGGAUCUCAUCGAGCUCCAGGAGCAGCAGCUCUUCGAGCUCUUCGUGGUGGUGUCCCUGCACAAGAAGGCAUCUGAGGUCACCUACACACCACACAUCAUCCAGCAGUUCCCCAGCAAGCCUGAACAUCCCUUCAGACCAUCAAAGGACACUGAAGAGAGGCUAAAGGUCAUUCCCAAAUUCUGCUUUCCAGAUCCCAAAGACUGGUUCCCUUCAUCAGACCUUAAAAGUGAAACCUUUUCCUUCGUGCUGACGGGGGAGGACGGCAGCCGCUGGUUCGGGUACUGCAGGAAGCUCCUGCCAGAAGGGAAAGGGAAGCGCCUGCCCGAGGUGUACUGCAUCGUGAGCCGCCUGGGCUGCUUCAACCUCUUCUCCAAGAUCCUGGAUGAGGUGGAGAAGAGGAGGGAGAUGUCCCCAGCCCUGGUGCACCCCUUCAUGCGCAGCGUGAUGGAGGCGCCGUUCCCCGCCCCGGGCCGCACCAUCACCGUCAGGAGCUUCCUGCCAGGAGCAGGAGAUGAGGUAACACAGGUGAUGGAGCUGUGCCGCCCCUUGGACUCCAGGCUGGAGCACGUGGACUUUGAGUGCCUCUUGCAGUGUCUGAGUGUGUCCCACACCAUCCGGGUGUUUGCCUCUCUCCUGCUGGAAAGGAGGGUCAUCUUUGUGGCUGACAACUUAAGCACUCUGUCUAAAUGUGGGCACGCUGCAGUGGCAACACUUUACCCCUUCACCUGGCAGCACACCUACAUCCCUGUCCUGCCAGCUUCCAUGAUCGACAUCGUGUGCUCUCCGACCCCAUUCCUCAUUGGCAUCCUCUCCUGCUCCCUGCCACAGCUCUGGGACCUGCCCCUAGAGGAGGUUCUGAUUGUUGAUCUUUGUGCUGACAAGUUCUUGCAAGAGGUAUCAGAUGAGGAUGAGAUCCUGCCCCACAAACUGCAGGCUGCACUUGUACAAGUCCUGGAAGAGCGGAGUGAAAUCCUGUCACACGAGCAGAGUGACACACAAGGUGCCACGAGCCUGAACUCCCUGGUCUCGGAGGCUUUUGUGCAGUUCUUCGUGGAGAUCGUGGGGCACUACUCGCUGCACAUGAGCGUGACGGAGCAGGGCCAGCGCGUGUUCCAGCGCGAGCCCUUCCGCAAGAGCCACGGCUCGCGCACCGUGCGCCACUUCCUGCACUGCUUCAUGGAGACCCAGAUGUUCGCCGGCUUCAUCCAGGACCGCGAGCUCAGCAAGAGCCUGGCCAAAGGCCUUUUUGAGGUCCGUGCCUUGGAGUAUUUGGAGCGUAUUCCAGAGACAGAACGAACUGGAAUGAACAAAAUCCUUCGCAGCCUUGGCAGUAAAAUGAAAUUCCUCCAGAAGAAGUGACCGGGCGCUGCUGCGGGACAGCGGCGGAGGGGGAACCACAGACCCCGACCAGGACAGACUGAGCUGGGCCCCGGGGGGGCCGGGCUGGGCUGGGGGCUCCGGGUGUGCUGCGGGAACAACCGGCACGGGCAUCCAUAACGGCCCAGGGAUCCGUAACAGCCCAUGGAUCAAUAACCAGUUCCAUGGAUCGAUAACAGCCCAUGGAUCGAUAACAGCUCCUGGAUCAACGACGAGUUCCAUGGACUGAUAACAGCCCGUGGAUCGAUAACGGGUUCCAUGGAUCAAUAACAAGUUCCAUAGACUGAUAAUAGCUCAUGGAUCGAUAACCAGGUCCUCAGACCGAUAACCAGUCCCAUGGAUCAAUAACAGCUCAUCGAUCCGA